AUGCCUAAGAAUUAUCAGCAUAUCCUGGCCUUGGCAUUUGCUGUACAGGAGAUUAAUGAAAACCCUCAACUCUUACCAAAUGUCACCUUGGGCUUCCACAUCUAUGACAGUUACUUCUCUCCAAAAUGGACCUAUCAUGCCACAAUGUUACUUAUCUCCACUCCUGAGAGAUUUGUUCCCAAUUACAAAUGUGAUUGCCUGAAUAACCUAAUUGCAGUGAUUGGGGGACUGGACCCUGAGAUCUCCCUAAAUGUGGCAACUGUCUUAGAUAUCUACAAGAUUCCACAGCUUAUAUAUGGCUCUGCUCCAGUGAUGAAUUAUAAAACUCCAGGCCUUUCCUUUUACCAGAUGGCCCCUAAGGAAGCCCUUCAGUAUAAAGGGAUACUUUCUUUAUUACUGCAUUUUGAGUGGACAUGGAUUGGGGUCCUUACUAUGGAUACUGACAAUGGUGAAAGGUUUGUGCAAACAGUACUUCCAGUGUUCUCCAGGAGAGGCAUUUGUUUUGCCUUCAUAGAAAAAAUCUUCAAAGCAAGUUACAUAACUCAAGUUAUGGGUGUGCUAAACCAGGGGGCAAAAAUACAUGAUAAAGUAAUGAAGAGCAAAGCCAAUGUAGUGGUGGUUUAUGGAGAAUCUUAUUCCGUGGCAUUUUUAAGAUGGCUUCCAUAUUUAUCAGAACUAGAACAUCUGACUCUGAAAGGUAUUGUUUGGAUAGGAACAACUCAGAUUGAACUCACUUCAUUUGUCUAUCAAAGGACAUGGGGUACAGACAUGUUCGAUGGUACAAUAUCCUUUAGAAUUCACUCCAAUGAUCUACUAGGAUUUCACCUAUUUGUGAGGAACAGAAACCCAUCCAGCUCCAAAGACGAUGGUUUUAUCUGGGACUUCUGGCAACAGGCCUUUGGCUGUGUAUUCCCAAAUGCAGAUCUGGGCAAAGUGGAAGGAGAUAUUUGUACAGGCGAAGAGAAGCUGGAUCACCUUCCUGCAACUUUUUUUGAAAUGAGCAUGACUGGUCACAGCUAUAUUAUCUAUAAUGCUGUCUAUGCCUUGGCCCAUGCUUUACAUGAUCUGUCAUGUAGCCUCAAACACAGGGCAAUGGUGAUGGAAGGAAGAUUGGGUCUUCAAAAACAACAAUUCUGGGAGCUCCAUCACAAUCUGAGAAGUGUUUCAUUUAACAACAGUGCUGGGGAUAAGGUUUCAUUUGACCAAAAUUUGGAAUUAGUAGCUGGUUUUGAUAUUAUCAACUGGAUUGUUUCCUCAAACCAAUCUGUUAAUGCAGUCAAAGUUGGCAGGAUGGAUCCUCUUGUUCCUCCAGACCAAGCAUUCACUAUCAAUGAAGAUUCUAUAAUAUGGCACAGCUGGUUUAACCAAACAAGGCCCAUUUCUGUAUGUAGUGAGAGUUGCCAUCCUGGUACAAGCAAGAAAAUUAAAGAGGGGGAGCCAUUUUGCUGUUAUGAUUGCAUUUCAUGUCCAGAAGGGAAGAUUUCAAGUGUGAAAGACAUGAAUGACUGUGAUAAAUGCACAGAUGAAAACUAUCCAAACAAAAACCGGGAUUUUUGUAUUCCUAAGGACAUCAGCUUCCUAUCUUAUGAAGAACCUUUGGGGAUCAGUUUAGCCUCUUCUUCUCUUUUCUUGUUUUUGAUUACAGCUGUAGUGCUAGGAAUUUUCAUGAGGCAUCACAACACUCCCAUAGUCAAAGCCAAUAACAGGAACCUCACCUACGGUCUCCUUGCCUCCCUCCUGCUUUGCUUCCUUUGCACUUUGCUAUUCAUUGGCCAUCCCGAGAAGGUAACAUGCCUCCUGCGACAAACUGCUUUUGGCAUCAUCUUCUCAGUAGCUGUUUCUUGUGUGCUGGCAAAAACCAUCACUGUGGUUCUUGCUUUCAUAGCCACCAAGCCAGGUUCCAAGAUGAGGAAAUGCGUGGGGAAAAGUCUGGCCAAUACCACUGUUAUUUCCUGUUCUCUUAUUCAAGCAGGCAUUUGUGCUGUGUGGAUGGCAACCUCUCCCUCAUUCCCAGAUGUUGAUUUGUACUCAACAGUUGGGGAAAUUGUCCUGGAAUGUAACGAGGGCUCUGUGACUUUGUUUUACUGUGUCCUGGGCUAUAUGGGCUUGCUGGCCAUUGCCAGUUUCAUUGUUGCUUUCAUUGCCAGGAAGCUACCUGACUGUUUCAAUGAAGCUAAGUUUAUCACUUUCAGCAUGUUGGUCUUCUGCAGUGUUUGGCUAUCCUUUGUUCCAACUUAUGUAAGUUCUAAGGGGAAAGGCAUGGUAUUAGUGGAGAUCUUCUCUAUUUUAGCAUCUAGUGCAAUGCUGUUAGGAUGCAUCUUUUUCCCCAAAUGUUAUAUAAUCAUGUUGAGGCCUGAGCUGAACAACAGGGAACAGCUAAUGAGAAGAAAGCCCUGA